GUUGGAAACCUCGCGCCCCCAGUGGUCUGGACUGGGGUCUCUGCCCCUCCCAGGGGCGGUGGUCGAGUGACGUCACUGUCUCUUUAAGACCCCGUCUCCGCCCCUUCCCCACACUCGCGGCUCUUACGAAUCUCUGCGGGGUCCUACCUGCUCAGUGCAGCUCCUUUCAGCCUCAACCUCACCAUGGCCUCUGCUGGUCUGCAAAUCCUGGGGAUCGUCCUGACGUUGCUUGGAUGGGUGAAUGCUCUGGUGUCCUGCGCCCUACCCCUGUGGAAGGUGACCGCCUUCAUCGGCAAUAGCAUUGUGGUGGCCCAGGUGAUAUGGGAGGGGCUGUGGAUGUCCUGUGUGGUGCAGAGUACAGGCCAGAUGCAGUGCAAGGUGUACGACUCAAUGCUGGCACUGCCCCAGGACCUGCAGGCUGCCCGAGCCCUCUGCAUCAUCACCCUCCUCAUUGCCCUGGUGGGUCUGCUGAUCUACCUCGGUGGGGCCAAGUGUACCACAUGUGUGGAGGACAAGGACUCCAAGGCCCGACUGGUGCUCACCUCUGGGAUUAUCUUUGUCAUCUCAGGGGUCCUGACUCUGAUCCCCAUCUGCUGGACGGCCCAUGCUGUCAUCCAGGAUUUCUACAACCCUCUGGUGGCAGAGGCCCAAAAGCGGGAGCUGGGGGCCUCCCUCUACCUGGGCUGGGCAGCUUCAGGCCUUUUGUUGCUGGGUGGGGGGCUCCUGUGCUACACCUGCCCCUCUGGGGGGUCCCGGGGCUCCAGCCAUUACCUGGCCCGAUACUCAGCAUCUGCCCCGCGAGCCAACUCUCAGGGGCCCUCUGAAUACCCCACCAAGAAUUACGUUUGAUGUGGGUAGGGGAAUGGGAACUCCCUUGACCAUGGAGCUUACCCCAUGAGCUGGAGUCAUCAGAUGCAUGACAGUUUCUGGGUUGCUUUUAUCUUGUUUUUCCUUUUUAUUGGGCAAGGGAGAUAUUUUUCUUUUAAUCCAUUUAAUAAACACCGAACCAAGAAGAAACUCAGUCUCUCACCUGGGUUCUGCUGCUGGCAUUUCUCACCUUUGGAUGAUGAAACCAAGAAGGCAGCACUUCAGAGUUUCUGGAUCUUUCUCCACCUUGGACAUCCCCAUCUUAGAGGCCAACCUGGAGCUGUGGCCCUUGGGUGAAGGCUGCUUGCUGGCCAGGUGCUUUGUGACAAAAGGUGCUUUGAUGGUCUGUCCCCAAGAGUUCCUGCUGCUGUUGGGGCAGGGCCUCCCUGGGCUUCCAGGGAUACGCCCUGCCUUGUUGGUAAGGCCUCUGGAACUCCAAAGGCUCUUGAGCCUCAAGUAGCCUUGAGAAGAGCGGGUGAUAAGUUACCAAAAAGCGCCUACCUCCAAAGAUUUCUGACCUCUGGCUCUUCCAUCCUUUCCCAGAGUUGCUUCCCAGCCAUGCUGUAGACCCCUGACCUUCUCAUCUCCAGGCUCUGCACACUUCUGCCAUGCCACACCCACACUCACCAGUUUUUACUAAAUAAAGUGUGUUUCGUUUUGUUACUUGC